AUGAUGGAUAUGGAGGAAGGUAAUAUGGAGGUGUCAGAUUAUGCUCCAAUGUAUCGUUACCAGUUUCGGAUAAUACUGAUCGGUGAUUCGACAGUGGGAAAAUCAAGUUUGCUUCGACAUUUUACAGAGGGAAAGUGUGUAGAAAUCUGUGACCCCACAGUUGGCGUCGAUUUCUACGCGCGAAUGGUAGAAGUCAAACCAGGAUAUCGUAUAAAGUUGCAACUUUGGGAUACCGCUGGGCAAGAAAAGUUUAGAUCAAUUACUCGUUCUUAUUACCGCAAUUCAGUGGGUGUGAUUGUUGUUUAUGAUAUAACAAAUCGACCAACUUUCGAUCAUGUUGCGGAGUGGCUGAAAGAAGCAGAGCAGAAUGUUGGCGGUCCGCAACCGAAUAACUGUGUUUUUCAACUCAUUGGUCACAAAGCUGAUUUAAAUAAUGAACGUCAGGUGAUGUAUGAAGAAGGCGAAUAUUUUGCCAAAUAUAACAAAAUCAAGUUUUUGGAAACUUCAGCAGUUACGGGUGAAAAUGUUCAGGAAUCAUUUAAAAUGAUUGCACGAGAAAUUUAUGAUCGAAUUGAGAAUGGACAGUUACGUAUAGUUGAUGGCUGGGAAGGUAUUCGAAGUGGCAUGAUGCGUGCGAAGUCCUUAACAUUGUCAGAAGGCUCUGAUGCACCAUUUUCAACUUGUGCAUGCUAG